UUCCAUAUCUGUACUCUUUUUUCCUUUAAUAACUUCAACGAAUUGAACCACUUCUAACAAGGCAUGCAUUCGCUUCAAUUUCAAAAACUCUCUUCUGAGAGCCUUAAUUAAUUAAGACAAAAUUUUGGGUGUUGUUACAACAAGCAUUUGCAUGCAUUCAUCUUCCAUUGCAAUCUGAAGAAAGGGAGCAGAUUGCUUCAUCAACGGGAGAGAGACGUGGUUUCUAUUUUCCAAACAAUUCAGAGAUGGGCUUCCGUUUUUCUUUUGAUGAUUACAAGCCUGCAAUCGCUAUGAUAGGUUUGCAGUGCAUUUUUGCUGCUCUUGCCAUCUUCAGCCGAGCCGCUUUGGUUCAAGGGAUGAGCCCCAGAAUCUUUGUUUUCUAUAGAAAUGCCAUUGCCACUCUGGCCAUGGCCCCUGCUAUUUUUUUGUCCUCUAAGAAAAGUGGCAACAGGCUAUCCAUUAGCCUCAGAGGCUUUUUUGUCAUAUCCGUGACUGCUCUUGUUGGAGUAACGGCCAACCAAAAUGCCUAUUUUGAAGGGCUUUACUUAUCCUCCUCAUCAGCGGCGAGUGCCAUCGUUAAUUUGAUACCUGCCAUCACUUUCGUUAUGGCAGCCACAGUAGGAUUGGAGAAAAUAAAAGCAAGAAGCUGGAGAACUGUAGCAAAAAUAGUAGGAACAGUGGUAUGUGUGGGUGGAGCUGCUUCAAUGGCCUUAAUAAAAGGCCCUAAAUUACUAAACGCACAAAUUUUGCCUAAAAAUAUUACCCUUCUCAAUAUGCUCGGAGUUGUCCAACCCGAAGGCGACACGUGGUUUCUUGGGUGUGUGCUUCUCUUCGUCAGCAGCUGCUUUUGGGCAUUCUGGAUCAUCAUGCUGGUUCCAGUUUCAAAGCACUGUCCAGACCCUGUAAUUUCCGGCACAUGGAUGUUGUUCAUCGCCACCAUCUUAAAUGGCAUCUUUACAGUUCUUGUAGACGACAACACAAAAGUCUGGAACCUUCCCACUCCAUUACAAUUGGCCACUUGUGUAUAUGCGGGAACAACCUCCGCAUUCUCCUUUUGCGUUCAAUCUUGGUGUGUUUCACGAAGAGGUCCUCUUUUCACUGCAUUAUUCAACCCCGUUUGCACAGUCAUCACAACAUUCGUUUCUUCUCUCUUUAUGCACGAAGACCUUUAUAUUGGCAGCUUAAUGGGUGCUAUUGCAGUGAUAAUUGGGUUGUAUAUCGUAUUAUGGGGUAAAGCCAAAGACGUUGAAGACAUGAAACGACAACGUGCAGAAGCUCAAGAUGCUAUUAUUGAUGAUUCGGAGAAGGAUCUAGAACAGCCCCUUCUACGUGAUGAAGAAUCUGAUGACACUAUUAAAUGUGAUAAAGUAUGAAGGAGAGUCGGAUCGCAAAAUGAUCGUUAUUAUUUUUUAAUUCUAGAAAUGGAUCGAAUUGCUAUAAAUAAUUAUGUUUGAAGUUGACAAUAUCAUAUUAUUAAAAAGAUCGUAGGGAUUAUUAUGUUUGUUUUGGUGUCACAAGUUGGGGGCAGGGGUUUUGAAAGUAUAUGUACAAAUUUGAAGGUACCUUUUUCUGACAAGUGAUUUAGUAAAGAACAUGAUAUACAUAUGAACAAAACUCCAAUCCAACUCUUUUCCACGUGUAUUCUGC